CUAUGGAGAGCAGCCCGACAGAAAAACCUGCAAAACGCAAGAAGAAUAGCCUUAGUGCCUUCUUCAGAAACGCAUGGUUGGCUGUAAGAAGCACCACCCAGUGUCGACAUCAAGGUAACAAAGUGUCCCCUCUUCAGCCAGCGUCCGACACAGAUUCAGCUGAUUCCCAGUGCGCUCCAUCCAGCCUCAAACCAACGGCACAUCGUCAUCUAGCUGAUCCACAGCCCGACCCAUCCGGCCCUGAGCCAACAACUCUACAGGAUCAAACUGAUCCUCUGCCGGGAUCAUCCAGCAUCACACCGACCAACUGUGAUCCAAAUCCAGCUGAUCCUGAGUCAGCUGAAGAGAAUCAAAAAAUUGAGAAGAAGAAGAAACACAUCUGUGCAUUCUUCAAAAGAGCGUGGCAGGCUGUAAAACAUGCAACAAAACAAAGCAAAAAGCACAAAGUGGCUGCUCUUUAUCCACAGCCAGACACAUAUUCAGCUGAUCCUCAGCUAGAUCUGUCUGUCCUUGAGUCGAUGGCUCUGCGGGAUCCAACCAUCCUCGAUUCAGGGGCUCUACAGGAUCUGAUUGAUCCAGAAGAUCCACAGCCUGGUUCAUCUGACCCUGAUCGAGAUCCAGAUGCUUCAAGAGGAAACCUGUUGUAG